UUGCGCUGGCUAGCAGUGCUCGGGAGAAAGUUUUGGAGUGUGGAGGAUCGCGGAGUGGGAAGGAGGAAGAGACGUUCGUAAAAGAGUUGGUAGCGAGACUGCGGGCCGACUUUUAUCCGGUUCAUGAAGUCCCUGCGGGGCGUGGGACAAAGAAGCCGGUGGCCUUGCAUAUAAAGCGUGAAUCAAAGUACCAAGAAAGAAGUAUUGAGUCACCAGAAAGAGAAGGACUUUGAUUUUCUCCCUUUCCCCCAGCGUGUGAAUAAACCAGCUGGGUUACAGAAAAUGGGGACAAGUAGAACUGUAUGCGGGGUCUCUGGACUUAUCGUCACCUUCGUCUUAACCUCACAACUGAUAUAUCUGGCUCAGGGUUCGAAGGUGUGGGGUGAGGUGUCCCUGCCUGAAGAUUUGGAGCCCAAGAGGGGAGGCAAGCAGUGGGACCGCCUUCUGGCCGAAUCGGACGACGAAGACUUUGCCGCAGACGAACCUUCGGGAGAUGAGCCCAGUGGAGAGGAAGAUGGUAGCACCCCUGAACCCUCUAUCGUCUCUACUGCGAGAGCUACUAUUUACUACAGAGCACUGGUGAACUUCACGGACUCCAUUGAAUAUGUGCCAGAACUGGAGGACAUAUUGUCUAGUGCUUUUGAGGAGAUUUCUGCUGCUAUUGUGGACACGCUCGAAUCGGAGUACAACAAGAUCCCUGGCACACAGACCGUCAACGUGGUUCUGAUCAAGAAACUGGAUGGAUUUGUGUUUGUUGAGCUUGACGUAGGAUCAGAAAACAACUCUGACGAAGAGGAAAUCCGCAGCGUCCUGUACUCGGUCGUUCUGGAUGGUUCUAUAGCUUCCUAUGUCACCUCGGUGGAGGGCUUCCAGUUCCGAAGACUUGGUGCAGCUGAAUCUCUGCCACCUGUGGAAGCAAUGAUAUCUCAAGUGAUCCCCAGUGCCCGGACCUGCAUGCCCGACGAGUUCACCUGUCAGGAUGGAGAGUGUGUCCCGCUGGAGUAUCGCUGUGACAACAGACUCGACUGCCAUGACAUGUCCGAUGAACUGGACUGUCCUCCAGCCACUCCAGCCCAAUGGAAAGUGUGUUCCAGUGGCAGGUCCGACGUGCGACAGCCGGGGUGUGGUGACCUCCAGCAGCAGGCUGUGUACAUGCAAGGUAACUCCUGCCCUGUCUGA